AUGCCCAGCACCCAGGGGCCCUUCUUCUUCCCCAUGGCCCACUUCGUCCUCUUUGUCUUCACGGCCUCCACCAUCUUUCACCUUCAGCAGCGGCUGGUGAAGAUCCAGCCCCCGUCGGCCGCCCGGAGGCUGGAGCCCGAGGAAACCGAGGACAGCGCCUCCAGCGCCCCGAGCGCCCCGAGCUCCACAAGCGCCCCGAGCUCCCCAAGCACCGCGCCCAGGGGCAUGUGGACCAUCAACUCCCAAGGCCGCCUGGGCAACCAGAUGGGCGAGUACGCCACGCUGUACGCCCUGGCCAAGAUGAACGGGCGGCCGGCCUUCAUCCCCCCCGAGAUGCACAGCGCGCUGGCGCCCAUCUUCAGGAUCUCCCUGCCGGUGCUGCACGGCGCCACGGCCAGCAGGAUCCCCUGGCGCAACUACCCCCUCAACGACUGGAUGGAGGAGCAGUACCGCCACCUCCCCUGGGAGUACGUGCGCCUCACGGGCUACCCCUGCUCCUGGACCUUCUACCACCACCUGCGCCCCGAGAUCCUGCGGGAGUUCACGCUGCACGACCACGUGCGGGAGGAGGCGCAGCGGUUCCUCCGGGGCCUGCGCGUGAACGGGAGCCGGCCGGCCACCUUCGUGGGCGUCCACGUGCGCCGCGGGGACUACGUGCACGUCAUGCCCAACGUGUGGAAGGGGGUGGUGGCCGACCGCGGGUACCUGCAGCAGGCCCUGGACCGGUUCCGGGCCCGCCACCCCGCCCCCGUCUUCGUGGUCACCAGCAACGGCAUGGCCUGGUGCCGGGAGAACAUCGACGCGUCCCGGGGGGACGUGGUGUUCGCGGGCGACGGCGUGGAGGGCUCCCCCGCCAAGGACUUCGCGCUGCUCACGCAGUGCAACCACACCGUCAUGACCAUCGGCACCUUCGGGAUCUGGGCCGCCUACCUGGCUGGCGGAGAGACCGUCUACCUGGCCAACUACACCCUCCCGGACUCGCCCUUCCUCAAACUCUUCAAGCCCGAGGCGGCCUUCCUGCCCGAGUGGGUCGGGAUUGCCGCCGACCUCUCCCCGCUGCUCAAGCCCUGA